UCCAGCAGCAACAUGCCCAGAGGAUUUUUAGUGAAAAGGAACAAGAAACCCAACCCGGUGUCCUACCGCGUCCGCUCCGAGGAUGAGGAGCCUCCAGCUGCUAACGCACCACCGCCGCCGUUCCUGCCGCGUCCUCCCUGCGCGCCUCUCGCCUCCUUCCCGGUGCGCGCUCAGACGCCCACCUGCGGGGCGGCGGCUCCGGAGCGCGUAGGCAGACCGAUGCAGUUCGGUAACCCGGAGGCGGUGUACCAGGCGCUCUACAGCCCCACCCGCCCCGUCAGCCAGGACCAUGAACGCUCCUACGAGAGGCGCUUCAACCUCUCCGCCGCGUCCUUCCCAACCGGAGCUUCCCUCCCACCCGCUUUGGACCAUCUCUUCGCCCCGGUGGAUCUGAAAAUCGGCUCCAGCAACAGUAGCCGCACCGGAACCUGCAGCGCCGCCGCAUCCACUGCAAUGCUCCCUACCGCGUACGGUACAAAGCGGCAUUCCAGCGACACCGAGCGCAAAGGCAAACCAGCCUCCAAGAAAACCAAAACGAUCCGGAAACUGCACUUUGAGGAUGAUGUCACCACGUCUCCGGUGCUUGGGCUCAAGAUUAAAGAGCCGGUGGACCAGAAGCCCCCCAGACUACCCGGGGAGGACGACAUCCCGCUGGGGGAGUUCGUGUGCCAGCUUUGCCGCGAAGCAUACGCGGACCCGCUCGGCCUGGCGCAGCACAAAUGCUCCAGGAUCGUCCGCGUGGAGUACAGGUGUCCCGAGUGCGACAAGGUGUUCAGCUGCCCGGCGAACCUCGCGUCGCACCGGCGGUGGCACAAACCGAAGCAGCAGAGUGGUGCGCAGCAUUUGGAGGGCGACAAAGCUGCCGCGUCCGGUAAGACAGCAGCGUUGGAUGAAGCGAAGGAUUCUAGUGACAGAGACACACCCAGCCCGGGACCCUCCGAGUCCGGCUCCGAGGAGGGGCUGUAUGAUUGUAACCACUGUGGGAAAAAGUUUAAGCGCCAGGCGUACCUGCGGAAACACCUGGCGUCCCAGCACGCUAAAGUGGCUGAGCAGGAGGACGAAGCGCCAGCGUCGCGCGAACAGAGCGCAGCACCGCUGAACCUGAGUGCCUGCCACCUGUGUCCGGUUUGCGGGGAAAACUUCUCCAACCGGGGCAGCCAGGAGCGCCACAUCCGCCUGCUGCACUCCUCCCAGGUGUACCCGUGUAAAUACUGCCCCUCGGUGCUGUACAGCUCCCCGGGACUCACGAGACACAUCAACAAGAGCCACCCGUCCGAGAACCGGCAGGUGAUCCUGCUGCAGAUGCCGCUGCGCCCCGCCUGCUGAUCCUGCAGGCUCUCACACCGGUCCGUGAAACCACACUGGCUGCCCCUGAUAGGCUUCAGAGUUACACUGCAAAGAUAUCCGUUUUAUCUCAAAGUUUGGGAUCCUAAAAUCUGACUUUACUGAAAAGUAGUGAAGAAAGCAUGGGACCAGUAACUGUUUACUGGGAGGGAUUUCACUUCGUGAUGUGGUUAAAAAUCACAGAAUGUAAAAUAUUUCUGCUAUUUUAGAUUUUUUACUCUAAACUGUAAAUUCCUUUAACUUUUCUUCAACAAUUUGACUUAAUUUGAGAAACUAAUUCCAGAAAAAUGCACUAAUAUUAUUCUUAUUAUACAAAUAUUUUUAAACAACUUGUUAUUCAGGGUGAAAUUCAUAAAACAUGAAUAUGAACUCAUAAUUUUUACUAAAAUAAAUGUUAAUACAUAAAUUAGACAUUUAAUAUUAAUCACACAUCAAGAGCAGCCCAUAAUAAUGUGAAAUAAUGAGGAAUUAAACUAACUGAGCACAUACUGACAUCUCAUUCAGAAAAACGGAGAAAAUGAAGCUGAUUUUUUGCAGUGUAACUCCUCCUCCUCACUGGCAGAAAUUCAGUGCCUUGCUUUAGGACACUUCAGCAGGUUCUGGGUGUGUGUUUGGCCUAGAAACCCCCCUUACAUACACACACACAGACACACACACACACUGACGUCAUGCUUCACUUAAAGCCUGUUAGACUGUUCAUUUAUUUUUCUAGCAUCUCUGCACAAGUGCUAUUAGCUUCUAGACCUAAGAGAGGGGGCGACCUGUAGCCGAUUGGAAACCUGAGUCACCGGGUCAUCUCUGAUUAGCUUUACCAUAGCUGGUGGAUCCGUGGAUCAGUAGCUGUCGCCUGAAAACAAGACUUAUUGAAACUAGAGUAGCCGGGUAAUGCCUUUUGGAUUAGAAACUCCUGCUGUAAAACUGCCUUAAACUGUCUGUUCACCACUUAUCUAUCCCGGGGCCGGGCUGUUUUCUACAAAGCCUUUCUGUAUUACCACUAUACAGUAUAUCCAACUGUCUUUAUCUCUAUUUAUUUAUGUAUUUAUUAAAUUAUUUGUGUAAUUUAUUGUGUGAUCUGUGAUGUGUUUUCUUCUGUAAUUUAUAAGAGGGCGACGGUGCGUUCGAGUCUCAUAUAGCAAUCAAUGGCUCCUGCCGGCCGCUCCUCACUUCAUGAAUGCAAUCAUUGAUUUUAUUUUCUAUUUAUGUUGUAACCGUUAGCUCUUAUGUACUGCUUUG